AUGUCUCUCAUUAUCUCUUUUUCUUUGUGCAACUACAAUUCUCUCUCACUCUUUCAAUUACACUCUCUGCCUCUCUCUCUCUCUCUCUCUCUCUCUCUCUCUCUCUAUCUAUCUAUCUAUCUAUCUAUCUAUCUGGAAAACCGCUCUUCUCUCUCAAAAUCAAUAUGUGCGGCCGGCUUUUUUCAUUCUUUUCUCCCACUCACUCUUUUGUUUCUCUCUUUCACAUUUUCUCUCUCCCUUACUCUCAAACUCUGUGCAAAGGAAUCUCUCUUUCUUUCUCUCUCUCACACAUACAGCGAAAUGCUCUUCUCUCUUACAAUCCCACUAUUUCUCUUUUUUCUCUCUAUCUUAUCCUCUACUAUUCGCUAUGAGUACAACUACUUUUUUCUCUUUCUCUGUCUCUCUCUCUCUCUCUCUGUCUCUCUCUCUCUCUAUCUAUCUAUCUAUCUCUCCCACCCGUGUUAUAAUUAUUUCUAA